GAAGAAGAAGUGCACAGCUCCUUCUUUUCCGGGUUCUUUUUCUUUCUUUGCUCUGGCAAGCUAACCGAGCUCACGGUCUUGUAAACCAAACCAAACUGGACCGGUUGUCCUUUUUCAUUUCAUGUGUUUGCUUCUGGUAGGCUAGCUAGCUACUAGUACGGUACCUUGUAGUGCAUCCUGCCAUCCUGACUUGCUCAAUUGACCCGUCUGUUGUAUACUGCAUGUCCAGAUUUAGUUGUACUGUACUCAGUAGUAAAGCAAGAGAAGAAGUAGUUUUAGUAGACCAAAGACAAAGACAAAGAUGACGGACGUUGCGGAGAUUGGCUCCAAAGCCAAUGAUACUCCUCCCAUGGCAGUCAUGACCAGUGACAAUGAUGACGAAGUCUCUACUAGUAGAAGAAGAAAUGUCUGCUGCUGGAUGAAAGUAACUCGCUGGGUGCAAGUGUUGAUUACACACUGCGUGGUGACCAUGUCGAUGCAUGCGGCAAGCCAUCCCUUUAUUUACGUGACCGUCUUGCCCACUCUCAGUUUUACCAUUGCCGGCAUUGGAUUAAUGACAAAUUUUCAUUUGGAGUUGGACAUUGAAGCCGUACUGUCUCCCGCCGGCAGUCAACCGGCGAUUCACAAGGAAUGGGUCGAAUCGCCCGAUGGAUUUCCGUACCAGACGCGAGAAGUCGCCCUCUUGAUGCACCGCAACGGCGACAAUGUGUUGUACAUGAAUGCCAUGGAACGCGUCUUUACUGCCGUUCAUACUGUCUUGACGACGGACGGUUAUGAUGACCUCUGUCAACAAGGUGCUUACAUCAAUUUCGAUGGUGACAAGACGUGUCGAUUCAUGAGUGUCACGGGAUUCUUUGACGAUCACUCGGUCGAUGCCUAUCAGGAACAAAUUCAAACCGAUCAACAACUCCAAGAAGCAUUGUCGGCACACAAAUUUGCCAGUGGAUCGCCGGUCUAUCACGAUGCCAUUCUCGGGAAUUGGAUUCGAAACAACAGCAAUGAUACCAUCACAUUUGCCCAAUCCUUUCUCGUGGUCUUUUUUCUACCCGAUCUCGACGACGAUGCCAAUGCAUUUGAAGAAAAAGUAUUUGAACGACUCGAUGUGCUUCGGCUGGAAUGGGAACAAGAUGAUAUUUUGACCAUGGCCAUGCUUUCCAUUCAUGCGACACAAAUGGAAUACCAACGGGCCAUUUACGGCGAUCUCUACUUGAUUGGAGUUGUGGCCGUAAUCAUGUGUUCCUUUGUCGGAAUUACCUUUGCAUCCUACGGAUAUGGGCAUCCCACGUCGCAGUCGCGAACUCUGCUUGGCGCCAUGUCGGUCUAUACCAUUACCAUGUCCUGGUUGGCUGGAUGUGGCGUCAUGUUUGUGUGUGGCGUGCCCUUUACACCCAUUACUCAAAUUUUGCCCUUUUGUGUCUUUGGCAUUGGAUUGGACGAUACCUUUAUUAUUGUCGGGUCGUAUUUGCGACAAGAUCACGGCCUGGAAAUAUUGCCGCGCAUUCGAAAGACUAUGGAGGAAGUCUCGCAUGCCAUUUCCUUGACGACUAUUACCACCGUAUUUGCAUUCUUGUUGGGACUCCGAUCCGGAUUGCCAGGAGUUCGGUGGAUGUGUUUGUACGCGGCGGUGACCAUUGCGGUUGAUUUCAUCUUCCAGGUUACCAUGUUUGUCUCAUUCAUUGCACUUGAUGAACGAAGGAUACAAGAGCAUAGAAGAGAUAUUUGUGUUUGGAUCAUUGAUCAUCCAGAGGAUCAGGAUGAAGAUUUUGUCAUGAUCGAUUCGCAACAAGAUCAACAACAACAACAAGUCGUACUAAAACAUCAGGAAACGCAACUUGGCGAUACCACGGCAUCUACAGGAAGCAACACGACAGAACAGGUUGACGCAACAGUCACAACAACUCCUCCUAUCAUGUCCAUGUCGGUGAGCUAUGAUGAUGAAGAUGUUCGCAACAAGACGGACGAUGAUGAUGAAGAGGAGGUGGAUGUCGAUGACUUUGGGGAACAGCAAAGGCGAGAAAGUGCCAAUUUGGAGACGAGUGUCUCACACGAAAUUAUCGCAGAGGGCACGUACGAUGACGACGACGUUGAUAAUGUCAUGAUCCAUGCCAAUGUACCCAUUGAUGAUACAACAACCUCCGUCCCCUCGAAUGCCAUUAUGGAUGAGAAACCAGCAGACGAGGAACCCACCAAACAAGCUUUGAUGAUGGAAAGCACCAGUCUUGUUCCAGAGGAUGCCAAGGCUCCUCCUCCACAGGAGCAACAUGACGGACCUGUAGAACGACAAUUGGGUAUCCCUGAACGCAUCAUGAGUCGCUACGCGGACCUGAUAUUGCGACCCUGUGGCAAGGCCGUCGUCUUGCUCUUGUUUGCUGCGUUUACCGCGGCAUGUGCCUACAGUUGUACGCUCCUCGAACAAGAGUUCAAAGUAGGAGACUUUGUACCCACGGAUAGCUACCUGAAAGAUGUCGUUGCUGACAUUCAAACCUACGCAUCCGUCGUACGGCCCAUUGGAGUGUACUUUCGGGACGUCGAUCAAUCGGAUCCCGAAAUUCAAGAACAAAUGGUCAAGUACGUCAAUGAUCUGGAAUCGCUCCCCGAGCUGAAUACGUUGGAGUUUGAUAUUGCGGGACAAACCGAUGGGCAACAAACGGGACAAGUCACGCCCUUUUGCUGGGUGCGCGACUUUAAAGAGAUGGAAGAUGAACUCAUUGCUUCCGCGCCCAGCCUCAAAUUCGUCAUACAGAAUCUUACGUUUACGGAGCAACUCAAUCUGGCGUUGAAUAAUCCCACUCUGCGGGAAGUCUACGGGCAGGAUAUCAUUCGAGAUGACGACGGAAACAUUGUCGCGUCGCGGUGCUGGCUCUUUUUGACAGAGAUUGAUCUCAACGAGGUGGAAGAUCAAGUAGACCUGUUGCAUGACCAGAGGGCAGUUGGAGCUGCCCAACCCAUCAACCAAGACAAAGCCAAGGGGGAAUGGCCCUUCUUUUUCUACGAUCUCUCUCUCUUUUAUUGGGAAGCCUACGACAUUGCUAUUCAAGAGCUCAUUUCAACAAUCGUGUCCGGGGCGUUAGCAUUGGCCGUGAUUUCUUUCUUGUUGAUCCCACAUUGGACGGCGGCACUCUUUGUGACUCCCAUGAUCCUGGUACUUUACUGCAACUUUCUGGGAACACUCCAGUUCUUUGGUCUACACAUCAAUCCAAUUUUCUUCUUUGUUGUCUUGGUUUCCAUUGGGUUGCUCGUUGACUUUCUGCUUCACGUUUUGAUGAGGUAUUACGAUACCAUCGUCGAGAGUCCCAACAUGACUCGGAACGAACGGGUCAAGGUGACACUUGUGACCAUGGGUUCCUCCAUCAUGCUGGGAGGGUUGACAACGUUUCUUGGAGUGGUACCUCUGUGCCUUUCGACGACCAAGAUUUUCAUGAUUGUAUUCAAAGGAUUCUUUGCCAUGGUAGUCCUGGGAUUGGCCCAUGGUCUGAUUCUUUUCCCAGUGAUUCUGUCAUUGGUGGGUCCUAAUGCAUAAAAAGAUAACUUCAUCUGUUGCUAGUUUGGUGAAAGAGUUCUCUGCAUUAUUGAGAUGCUUCUGACAACACAAUCAAACGUGUCCUCAUAGAGGGGGGGGGCUAAGCUAGGCAGAGGGUCGUCAAAGUUCCUCCUUCUUGAAACCUGGUGGGGCGUGGAAAGUCCAAAAGCAGCGGCGGAGAGUUGACAAAACGGCGUAAAAGUUCCAGGAGAACUGGGCGAGAGUGGGGGGUUUAGUAGAGGAUGGAGGUUAUCUAAGGGCCACCAAGAUAGCUCGGCUGCGUAUGCGUAUCUUCUUCAGAGGGUUUGCCAGAUCUUUCCUUGCUGUUUGUGUUUUGCAUGAAAUGUUGGCCCAUUCCGCGGCUGUCAUCAGCGACCAAAGAGAUCGUCAUCGUAGCCAUCGCCAUAGCCUACCGGUAGAGAGGAAAGGACAUGUGAGGGGAAAUGAAUGGAGAUGCUAGAGCUACACAACUCGAGCGGAACUUGGAACUUACCUCCAUCAAUGUUCCAUCCAUCAGUGGGAGCAUCUGUGGGUGCAAUGGUAGGGCUGUCAGUUGGCGGGUCAGUGGGUCUCGUGGUUGGGAACCCGGUAGGAGCAUCAGUUGACGCCAUGGUCGGGCUUGGGGUAGGCGCCUCUGUUGUUGGACUUGGAGUAGGCUCAUCUGUGGUACCGGUAGGACUUGGAGUCGCCUCAUCUGUGGUCGGGCUUGGAGUAGGGCUUGGAGUGGGCUCAUUUGUGGUCGGAUUUGGAGUGUUCUCAUCUGUGGUUGGGCUUCCGGUCGGAGAGUUUGUUGGUGCAUUGGUUGGGCUUUCGGUCGGAGAGUUUGUUGGCGCGCUGGUGAAGCUAAACGUAGGAAAAUCGGUUCCGUCAAAGGGAGGAUCGGUUCCAAAAGGACUUUCAGUAUCGGGUCCAUCAGGGCUUUCAGUAAUGCUUUGGCAGGGAACGUCUGAACAUUCGCAUGGGUCAACUGGUUCACAGCUUGCCGGAGGGCUUUCCGAAAGGCAGCAUAUCAUACGCUGAAUCCAAUCAUAGGCCACCGAGACGCGGGCAUAGACACCUGGUUAUUUCAAGAGAAAACACAGCAACACACGUAUUCGUUUAUCACACACAUUGGUCCAGUAUAUGCAUACUACAGUGCAAUAAUAUUACUCGGCUCCAACCAACCUGGAUAAUUUGGACGAGCACAGCCAAUGCCCCAGGAAACAAUACCAACUUGUACAGUUCCGGCACCUUUUCCUGCCAUGAUGGGUCCACCACUGUCUCCCUGGCAGGAAUCUCUGCCUCCGCCUUCAACACCUGCACACCUGUAAGUAUGGGGGGAUGGCAAUAUUAGCAAUGAAGGAAAUUUGACCAAGCAGCGUUUGAAGUGGUUAUCACAGCAACACACAGAUGAUCAUCCUCGAUGAAACUCCCAUAACUGUUGGCACACUCAGAAAUGGGAAUGUACCGGACGUAGGUUUGUCGCAAGAGACCAUCGCUGCCAAAGUUACCCUCUGCGGUGACACCCGUUCCGAUGACUUUGAGCACUUCACCAUCCGAAGGUGUGUCCUCUUGAUCAUUGAGCGGUAUUCUGACAGAUCCGUGUGAAGCUUGGCCAUGGUUGUCAAUCUUGAGCAGCAUAAAGUCGUAACGGUGUACGGGAGCACGGUCUGGGUGUUUGACAUGAGCAAUGACACGUUCCCCCUGUUGUUCUGGUCCCACGUAGGCGAAACUUGGAACAGGGCAAUGGGCUGCUGUCAAGACUAUGUCUUCCCAAAUCAGACUUCCUCCACAGGAACCCAAGUCCACAAAAUACGGAUGAUCUGCAAAGUCUGUAACCCUGCCACCAACAAUGGGAGCACCACCAUAGCCCCCAUCCUCUGUGCGGCGGCGACGAAGGGUACCGGUACUACUGCCAGCUGCAGCUUGCAGCAUAAUCAGCCAUAGCAUCAACAUUAUCUGC